AUGAGCACAGAACAGUAUCCAAGCGCAGCGCAAUCUCCACCACCAUAUCCUGGAGGACAGGAAUAUCAAACUAAACAACCCGGAGCUACAUAUCCACAACCACCAGGCUACCCAGUUCAACCCAGCGGCCCCACAACAACUACAGUGGUGUAUCAACAGCCUCAUGUUAUGAUGGCCAUGCAGCAGUUCAAUGAGUUUCCAGUAUCAAUGAACUGUCCUUACUGCCAAGCUACUAUCGUUACCGCUACUGAUUUCACACCAGGUACUUUGACGUGGCUGUCCUGCGGUGCUACAGCUCUUGUUGGGUAGGUGUACGCCGAGGAUAUCGGCUAUUUCACCCAUUAGUUUAAUUGGGGUAACAGCUACAAUCCUCGCCAGAAAUUCUUGAAACACGCCUUUUUCCUGUUCAAAUUAGAGACGUGACUUCAGUGUUAACUAGCUAAAACAACAUUGGAAAAGGGAGCGAAAAUUUUCAACAAAGUGUUUCAACGUUUUCGUCUGAGUUUGUAGUUGCUUCAACGAACUAAUUAACUUUAUUUCACCCAAUCUGCUUUUACGGGUUUACCACGGUGUAAGAACCUGUGAACUUUUUCUUUGUUUUGUACCUUUUGCUUUUCUAGGUUUUAUUGUGUUGACUUACUCAUAAUUUCUUUGUUUUCUUUGUUUUACGUCACCGGCCGGUGGGUUCUUACACCGAGGAUGAGCUGCUUUUAUCUAAUAAUUUAACUUACGAGACUGAUGUUUCCUACCCUGCGAGCAGAGGCUACAUUUUCGAUAUGUGAGUCCAUCAUGUCACAGGCGGCCCAAACUCACAUUAGGAGGAAAGGGUGUAAUGUAAUUUACAUACCAUAGGUGACACGCCGGUGUCGCAUCACAGGUGACUGUUGAAAAUAUAAGAGACUUUGUAUGAGAAAUAUAUCACUGAGAUCUGCGAAUGCUAAAUAAUGCUAAACCUUACUUUUUCUUAAAUGAAAUGAAUAAAAAAGAGGUACCUACAAGUAUUCCACUGUAUUUUGGUGUUUGAUUAUCAUUUACUGGUUUUUUGGCUUGAUGGUGUAACCACUGUUACUCCUUUCAUAGAACGAAGUUAAGGCUGGUCACUUCGAUCUGUCAGGGUCCUGGACGAGUCGCAACGAGAAUGCCGUUUUUUUCGCCGAAAUUCAAAUCUGCUGACAACCGUUCAAAUCUGUCUAGAAAUCUGGAUGAAUAAAUUGAUAAAACUGGGUUUUUCCUGUUCUUGACCAAGUUAGAGCAUUGCAUGAGUCUUGUGUGAGUCUUGCGUAUCAGAAUAUCAGAGUUGUCGCAAUUUUUUUUUAAUUCUUAUGAAUCUUGUGCCGUUUGACGACAGACCUGCUGAUGAUUAAUUUUGCUUACAAAUCGUGUGACGAAUUUGGCAGGCGCACGAUAGAAAAUUGAUCAGUUGUCCUCAGAGGCUACUUUUCGCACGAGAGCUCACACUUCGAAAAUGUAACCUCUGCUCGAAGGGUAAAUGUUUCCCAUCUCGUCUCUGUAUAAUUUUCAGGGCUGUCGACUCUCCCGGAUAAUCCGGGAGACUCCAGGUUUUGAACCGUUUCUCCCAGUCUCCAGAUUAGAGUCUGAAAUCUCCCGGAUAAUCGCCAAAGUUUGCCGUUUCUUGUAGAUUCGACAAUGAAAUUUCAAAUAUUUUGUGUUUUUUGAGCUAUUUUACUGUUAACAUAGACCGUUUCCUCACAAACUCCACUCUGCCAUUAUAUUUAUAAGCAAUAAUGUGAUUGGUGGGAAGUAAACCAAUUAGGUCAAAUGUUACGAUUCCAACAACAUCUUUUUUGCACGUUUUUUUUUUCACAAAUGAUGUCAUGUGCUGUGCAUUAUGACAUCAUCUAUCAUCCCUUCCCCAUCAAUUUUCAAUAUUUGAGGACAUGUGGGGUUGAUAGAUAGAUGCUGAAGUAUGUACGAAAAAGAAAUGGAUUAUUUUCAUAGACAGCUUUAAUUUAUAGGGGAAUGAACAUUUAUGCUUUUGCAGUUGGCAUAUUCUGGCCAAUUUGUGUUUUUUCUCCUUGGCUAUCCAACACGCUAGCAUGAUAAGGAUAGUGGUUUAUUAGAGAGCAAGACAUUCGAAAAAGCAGCUGAAAUCCACCAAGUGUUCGGAACUUGCUGUGUAAAUAAAUAUUUAGCCAGCGUAGCUGGCACAGUUAUAAAUUGUAUGCGACUGUUAGCAAAGAUCACAAAAGCACCAAAAAGCCAGAAGAAGAAUGGAUGAAGCAAGUUGAGAUCCCGCUUAUCCUUAAUAUUUGGGAAUUAUGAAAAUAUAUUUAGUCCAACUAUUUGUUAAACAGAAGCCUUGGUGAUGACAUGUCAAUCAAAAUGUUAGUUGAUUUGUGUUUUCAGUCCAAGAUAAGAAAACAACCAACAUUUUGUGAGGCCACCAUUGUUUUCCCUGUGCAAUGACAUCUAAUACAACCCAUCAACGUUUGUUUGUUUUUCAUUUGGAGUCUGCAGUGUCACACUAAUAUAAUUACAAGGACAAUGUAGCAAAAGUUAGAUAAUGGCCCACCAUGGAAAAAGGCAAAUUACAUUGAAAUACACAAGCUUAAAGUGAUGGAGCUUAGCCAAGACCAUAAUGUUAUUGAUAUAGGCAAAAUAUUGCUCUCCUUCUUGCCUGCCUUGUGCUUACCUUUGCUUGCCUGAAAAAUGCAAAAAGAUAAUGCCUGUUCUGCAGUCUUGAACAGUAUUGAUCACAGAUUAAUAAAGAGUGAUUGAGACUCCAGAGGAGAACCACAGGUUACCCAAGUUCACAUGUAAGAACUGUUGUUGCGUAACAGAAAUAUUAUAAGGGUUUUGUGUGGGGAUUUUAGCAAUUGUUUAUUAGGAAUCAAUAAAUAAAAGUGUAUAAGAACUCCUUGAUUUUAUUUAUGGUGUGUUCUCAUGUCACAUCACAUGUUUUUAAUGUGAGAAAGAGCCUAUUAGCGUGCAGGAACAUUGAGGUAAAUUUGCCUCACAGAAAAAAUAAUUGCCAUUCUUAAAUUUUUACCCCAUAACAAAAUUAGCAAGCAUUCUGUUGACCCGAUUCUAUUAGCUGUAAUUAAUUUUUGACCUCAGCUUUUUGUUUCAUCCUGUGUAUUUAUAAAAUAAGCUUGUUUCAGUAAAUCCGGGGAUUGAGAGGUUGUAGUAAAAAAAUAUUGUGUAAACAUAUUAUGGUAUUACAUUGUUGAGAAUUUUAAUUUGGAUUCAUGGAAUGUCCAUUGGAAAAGUGAAGAUGCCUGGCUAAAAUCUGGUGACACUCACUCCUGUUUAUGAGGUUUAUAUAAGUCUUAUAAGUACUGGCUGAUAAGGCAGAAUUAAAUAGUGAACUUUUGCUUAUUAACAGUUAUGGAUGUACAUAGAAGUCUAAUGUAGAUUUAAACAUUAAGCUCAUUCUAAUAGUUAAAUUUGUUUAUACAUUUGUCUAGUUGUUGGCUCGGUUGUUGCUUGAUCCCAUUCUGUAUUGAUGCUCUCAAAGACGUGAUCCACAGCUGCCCCAACUGCAAGAAGCAAGUGGGUGUCUUCCGUCGCAUGUAG